UUGAGCUUUAAAACCUAACGUUGUUGCAAGUUCAGAAUUGUGGCAGCUUGACUAAUAUAUUUACUCUGUCCAUGGCUUCGGGUCUUGUAAAUCUCCAACAUAUGGAAUUAAAAAGAUGUAUUUUGGUGGAACAUAUAAUCACAAAAGAAGCAGACGAGGAAGUAGUGAAAGAUAAGAUCAUGUUUCCAUCAAUGGAGUCCAUAAGUCUCGAGUGUUUGCCUAACUUGUCAAGUUUUUAUUCUGCAAGGGAUUUUCUGAAAUGCCCAUCCUUGAAAAGAAUUGAUAUGGUUGGCUGUCCAAACAUGGAAUUAUUAGCUUCAAAAUUUUGUGAGGACCAAGAUCUAAGCAUGAUUGCUGAGGGAAAUGAAGAAGGAAUUCACAAUGGGGACUUUGUUUUUUCCAUUGCAGCCUCUUCUGGCGGGAAGGUUGCGAUCCCAAGUUUAGAAGAAUUGAGAGUGGAAUAUAACACCAUGAAGGAUAUGUGGUCUCAAGCUGAUUUCUUGUCUGGACUGAAAGGCAUUGAGCUAACCUGUUUUUCCAAUGACUCUACACUGAGUGAUGCUUCUUUCGAAGAAAUCAUUUUUCAUGAAGAGAUUAUUAGCGAGGAAACACGCUCAAGCAUCUGA